AUGUGAUUCACAUACAUUGUCCGUAUUUUUAACUAUUUUCCUACGACAAGACGUACAAGUUUACUGUUAAAAGUUUUCAAAGCAUUUUUGAUAAUUUUUAAAUAGUUGACUGGAAAUGAUCCAUGCAGAUAACGUUUUUUCAGUGUAGAAUACAAAUCCUGCAUCGCCUCAUCAAAUCGACCACCUUAAUCUUGUGCCUUUUGAAGACUCUAGUCAUAUGGCCACGUUUGUUUAAUCCAAGCUUCAUUACAAAGAAUGGGCCAUUAUUUAUAAGGAGAGACACCGAAAUCACGUCAACAAACCUAUCAAGAUCUAACUCAGACAGUACAUCAAAUGGUAAGAGUGAAAAUUUGACUUAUAAAAUGCAGAUAAUUAACUCUGCGAUCAAUGGGAAAAGUAUAUAUGGUUCACAAUGUCCGUUCAAUCCACAUAAAGAAACACUAAAAUAUUUGUUCAACUACUGGAUGCUCUUAGAUAAUUAUUAUAAUAUUUCAAGUUUCAUAUGUGGUGGUUCUCUCAUUGGAUCAUUAAGAGAUGGUGAUUUAAUACCAUAUGAUAGAGACCUCGAUGUGUGCGUCACCUUAAAGAAUUAUCAAAAAGUGCGGCUGAUUCGUUCAGGAAAACCAUUUCAUCCUCACUCCAGAUUCAUAUAUCUUGCAAUACAAGAGGACUUCUGGAACAAUGAUGUGAAUAACAGGACUCGAGUGGAUUGUAAAGGACUUAUAGUUUCUUUCGGUAGGGAUAUCGAUCAGUGUUCUUUCGAUACGCCCGGGGCACGUUUAAUUUCUCGUGGGGUUUACCUUGACGUUUUUGUGUUCCGGGAUCAAGGAAUGUAUUUACGUGAUCAUGAAUAUCAAAAAGAUCUUUUGAAGUCAGAUAUCUUUCCAUUAAAAGAUUGUAUGUUUAUGGGAAUCAAGACGAAAUGUCCUCGCAAUGAGAUGCAAUAUCUGCUAAAAUAUUACGAAGAUGAUGUACUAACAAAGCCGCAUUAUGUUUGUCGCAACAAAACAUGGGUUGCAACUAGUAGAAAUGCGACUGAAAAAUUCGAGAUUUGGUUCGACAAGGUGCUAACUUAUUACUCAAAUCAUAACUGAGUUACAAAGAUAGAAUUAUGAUUACAGGUGCAUGUUUUUUUGCACAACAAAGAAAGAAAAUAAGUGAUUCAAGUUUACCGCGGAAUAGCUACCUUCACUCGACCAAUCAGCUUCCUGUAUUUCCUGUUCUAUAUCUCAUAGGGUCUGAAAUUCAUGAAAUUCUAUUUAAUUAUUGAAUGAUUUAUUGAAUUCAUUAUUCAUUACUUGUGCUCUGUGGGAUAUAGAGUCUCUCUAAUUAGACCUUUUAUCUAAUUCUCGGGACUCUACAUGUAUAUCUAUACUGAGCACACGUGAUCAUUCUCUAACCUUUACAUAGUGCCUUUCAUAGUGUCAGGUAGAUUUUCUCUUUGUGAUAAACUUGAAGCCCUUGGGGGCCUUUUUACAUGAAUCCGCUUACCCGAGAUUAAACAAAGUGAAAUCUGAGGUAUUGUAUAUAACAUAAACCUGAUGUAGUCAUCCAGACAAUAGCAUGCGCUUUUUUAGUGUCACAAAGACUUAUUUUAAUGGGUAACCGGGCGCAUUUUAACUGCCUCUUGGAUGGGCGUCCACCACUACAAGAAAACACCGUAUUUGAAAACACCAGAUUCCAGAGAUGGCCUAGCCAUUUCGAUGGGUGAUGUAACGCUGCCUCGGGGUCUGCUUUGACACUCACCGUGGCAAUUCCCGACUUCAUUCGUCGUCGAAUGACUCGAAUGAAGACCUUCAUACAUACCUCAGCGGUUGGCCAGGAUUUUAUCAUGAAAGCCUUAAGUUUUGGGUUUCGUGAUAAAAAUCUCUCAUGAAUGAUACCAUUCUGAUAACUGACUGUGAGGGUAGGACAAUAACUCUUGUUUCCCAGACGAGAAAAACUAUCUUCAACAUGUUAUAUUUGGGUUUAACCUUCUACUGUCUUUUUUUAAAGCCUAUAGCCAUGAAGGUGAAAAGUCUUAUCACUGAGUAGACAUUCUAUAAAAGCCCGUUUUCUACUUCAACCGUAUCGUAUGGAAACGUAGCUAAAGCACCUGUUAUAAAGGACCUGUUUAAGGAGAAAAUGAUUUCAGAAAGAUAAAAGAUUUCACUUAUCAAUAAUCACCGAUACUUUGCCGACGUCGGCGUCAUAAAAAAUUAUGGAAACCAGGCUUUACAUGGAGCGAGUUAUUCCUGCGAGGUAAAAAGCGCAUGACAUCAAAUGCUUACAGUGUUAAAUUAGUCUUUCGUUAUAUGCAGUUUUUACCUCGCCUAGCCGGGAUAACUUGCUCCAUGUGUUAAACAGGCCUUAAUAAUUCAGUGUCCUCCUGCACAGGCUUUAUCGGUGCCAUUACGUACUACGUACGUGUCUUGAUCCUUGCCACUUUCUCGCCACGUACACGCA